AUGGAUCUACAAUUGAUUGUUUCGUUCAUAUACUGCCUUGUCCUACCACUCGUCUUAUUAACAGCUUGCCUUCUUCGUUUCAACAUACUGUCCUUGGUAUACUUUGUUUAUCUCCUGUUGCUGCCGUGGUUUUUAUGUCCCAACAAACACACGAUCAGAGGAAAUACAGGCCAUUUCAUCAGAGCAAUAUUCUGCACCAGUCUACUGUUUGUAUUUGCUCAUGUCUGCUUCCAGACAGUACUAUAUACCUACCCUCCUCUAAAUGAUGCUAUUGCUGAAAACUGUUCCAAUGUGGACAUCAUAACCAGACAUAUAGGACUGUCCAGGCUUCCGCUUGAGGAUCCUUGGACUGUAUUACGCCUUCUUAGUCCUGACUUGGUGCUAUGUGGGAUUUCCUUACUAACCAUCAUUCUUUGCAGAAGAUUGGUCACAAACAGAGAAAUAGUGGCCGCAGCUGCUAUUACAACAUUGGAAGAUGAAGAAACAGAUGACGAGGAUGAAACUGAGCAAGAAUCAGAAGAAGAGGAUGACCAAAGAUCAUUUCCAAGUGGCAUCACUCAGGAGCUUGCAACAGCAACCUUAACCAAGGAGCUGGCUGAGCAUUUAAAGGCCGUAAUCCAUAAAGUACUGCAGGACCUUGGAAAAAUCUUGGCCAUCAUCUUACUUGCCUUGGCUGGAAUUAUACUGCCCUCUGCUUUCUCAGCCAUCUACUUUUUGCUUUUCAUUGGUGCAAGCACAUGGUGGGCGUGUCACCUUCCAAUUAGUUCCCUGGGUUUCAAAACACUGUUUGUGAUGGUUGGCUUCUUCACUGCUGGCCACAUUGUUUGUCUUUACCUAUACCAGUGUCUCUUGGCCCAGGUUCUUUUCCCACCACACAGUCUGUGGGCAAGGCUCUUUGGUCUGAAAGACAUUUUAAAGCCUGGCAACUGCUCUUCACCAUAUGACUUCAAACUUAAUGCUGAAUAUGACUGGCCAGUUUAUGUAAACCCAGGAAUACUCUUCCUUCUCUACAUUAUCUCAGCAGUGGUUCUGAAGACAGGAUGUCACGGAACACUUAAUCAGGAUGAAGAGAAUCAGCAGCUGCUCAAAAUUGAAACUGAGCCAAAGGAGGAGAUGUUGGAGUUAAACUCAUGCAAUCAAAAGAGGGGUGACUGUAAAGAUGACACAGAGCUCAUGCUCUUGUGUGUGGGAGCAGACUGUCGGGAAGAAACUGUGGUUCAAGAGGGUCCACCUCAACUCGGUUUUGCUCAUGAAACUGGUGGCCAAAAGACUGAAAAGCAAUUUUUAAUGCUGGGAAAGAUGGUCAUGCAGCAGAGUUAUGUCUGUGCGCUGAUAGCAAUGAUGGUUUGGAGCAUCACAUACCACAGCUGGCUGACAUUUGUGCUACUAUUGUGGGCUUGUCUUCUCUGGAUUCUGCGCGCUAGACGACAUGCAGCCAUGCUGUGCUCUCCGUUUAUCCUGAUCUAUGGUCUGGCGCUGUGUUGUCUGCAGUAUGUAUGGGCCAUGGAGCUUGUGACUGAACUGCCUACCAUCAUAGGAAACAUGAGUCUGAGACAGCUUGGGUUGGAUAAAGCCCAGUACCCCUGCCUGAGACUGGGAGCUAUGCUCCUGUUCACUUCGACCUUCUGGCUUUUAGUGCGCCAGUCAGUCCAAGAAAUCUUCAGCAAGAGGAGGAAAAGGGCUACACCACUAGAAGAAGACAAUACAGCAGACGAGAUGGAUUCCAAAAAUGAUUAUGUGCUUAAGCUCCUGGGAGGCAUUGUGCUGAGUUUUUAUGCCAAAUAUUGGAUCUACGUGUGUGGUGGCAUGUUCCUGAUUGUCUCAUUUAUUGGAAAACUGGUUGGGUACAAGAUCAUCUACAUGCUGCUAUUUCUGCUCUGCCUCUGUAUAUAUCAGGUAUACUACCCCGUCUGGAGGCGUCUUUUGAAGCUAUUCUGGUGGCUUGUUGUGGCCUACACUAUGUUGGUGCUGAUAGCCAUCUACACAUAUCAGUUCGAAGACUUCCCUGAUUAUUGGAGGAAUUUUACUGGACUCUCCAAACAACAGCUUGCAGCGAUUGGCCUGGAGACGUUUGCCCUCUCAGAGCUCUUCACCAGUAUUCUUAUCCCUGGAUUCUUCCUGUUGGCCUGUAUUCUGCAGCUACACUAUUUUCACAAACCCUUCAUGAGAAUCACUGAUCCUGAACACGCUCCACCGAUUCACCGGAAAAGGAGCUGUGAGCCGACUGGUUCUGCUAAUGUCAGAAUGACCUCUGACUCGGAAGAAGUGUUAACUAAUCUUGUUGAUGAACAAGAUGACAAAGCGGAGCAUAUGCCUACUAAGUGGGGUCUGGUGAUUGACAGGCUUCUGGUUCUGUUCAAAAAGUUCUCAGACAUUCUCCAAAAAGCUCAAGCCUUUCUCUGGACUCUUCUAGAGAUUCACAUUAUUAAGAUGGUGGCGUUCUACUCUGUGUGGGUUGCACUUGAAGAGCCCUCUGUGUUUAACCUGGUCCUGGUGGUGUUAUGGUCUUUGGCAAUGCCUUUCAACCGCUUCAGACCAAUGGCUUCCAGUCUGUCAACAAUCUGGGUGUGUGUCAUCAUCAUGUGUAAAAUGCUGUACCAACUCAGUGUUGUGGACCCAAUGGAGUACUCCAACAACUGCACCUUGCCGCUUCUAAAUGAAACCAAUCUUUCACAAAGUGAAAUAAUGAAUUCAUCCUUGUAUAUGGCACCAGUGGAUCCAGCCAAAUGGUUUGGCAUCAGAAAGGAAGCUUCCGUGCUGGACUAUAACAAGAACCAUUUAGUACUGCUGCUAUUAUUGGUGUUUGAGGUCACAGUGUACCGUCACCAGGCACAUCACUACCGUCAGCUGCAACGAUCUCCAUCAAACAUACCUACGCUGUUCCCAAAAGUCACUAGGAAAACAUUAGACGAAGGACUGAUACCUUGCUUUAAGUACCUGCUCAAUUACACUUUCUACAAAUUUGGAUUAGAGAUCUGCUUCCUAAUGACAGUGAAUGUAAUCGGCCAACGGAUGAACUUCUUGGUUAUAAUCCAUGGUUGUUGGCUGGUAGCCAUCUUGGUGAGGCGACGUCGGGCAGCUAUUGCAAGGAUAUGGCCAAAGUACUGUCUCUUUCUGGCCAUAUUCACGGUCUAUCAAUAUACACUGUGCGUGGGUAUACCACCUGCUCUAUGUAAAGAUUACCCAUGGCGGUGGAACACCUCACUUUUAAUAAACUCAGCUCUAAUUAAAUGGCUUUAUCUGCCAGACUUCUACACUGUACCAAACUCCAAAAACCUCAUAGUGGAUUUUGUGCUUCUGAUGUGUGCAUCCCAGCAGUGGAAAGUGUUUAAGUGUGAGCAGUUGGAAGAGUGGAUUGUUCUGGCUGGAGACAAUACAGACAACCCUGAGCCGAUGGCGGGUCGAUUGUUUAAUCCUGCACCCAACUUUGUCAACUGCAGGAGUUACCUGGACAUGGCUAAAGUUUUGGUUUUUCGCCACUUAUUCUGGUUUGUACUGUCGGUAGUCUUCAUCACUGGGGCGACACGAGUCUCAGUGUUUGGAUUGGGAUACCUUCUCUCCUGUUUCUUUUUUUUGCUGUUUGGGACUCAACUGUUGGUCAAACCCUCCAGGACACGCCUUGCCAUGUGGGACUGUCUCAUCAUCUAUAAUGUGGCAGUCAUCAUAUCAAAAAAUAUUCUAUCAAUUCUAGCGUGCGUGUUUGUUUCUGAAAUGCAGAAAGGAUUUUGUUGGAUGAUCCAACUCUUCAGUUUAGUUUGUACAGUCAAAGGAUACUACAAUCCAAACCUAGUUAGUGAUGAGAACUGCAGCCUCCCAAUAGAGGAAGCUGGGAUCAUCUGGGACAGUGUAUGUUUUCUCUUCCUGUUGCUGCAGAGAAGGGUUUUCCUGAGUUACUAUUUCAUCCAUGUAGAAGCCGAAUUGCAGGCAUUUCGCAAACAGGCCUCAAGGGGGUUUGAGCUCUUCAAAGCCACGAUAAUGAAAAACAUUAGAUCACACCAACAGGCUGAGAUGAAAUCCUUAUCCCAGCUCAAGAGAUCAAUGCACAGAAUUCGAUCCAAACAGCAGAGGUACAGAGAUGGACAUAAGGUUCUUGAAGAAGACCAUCAGAGCCAAAGUUCUGAAGCGACGACAAAGCAAAAGAAAGAAGGCUGGUCUCGACCAUGGCAGGACCAUGCAACAGUCUUGCAUUCAGGAUGGUAUUACCUCUUUGAAUCAGACAGUGAGGGUGAAAAUGAAAUGUUAGAAGAACAGAAGCCUCAGAAACAAACUGCCUAUCAGUUGGCUUAUCAGGCAUGGGUGAGCAAUGUGAAAACAGCUUUAAAAGAACAUCAAAGAAGCCGAAGACAACAGAGACGAGUUGAAAUAGUUGAGGAUGAGCGUACAACACAACAAACCUCACAAGACAGUUGCUCUGUCACAGGCUCAGACGACAAUGUAUUUGAAGAUCCUCAAUUAGAGGAGCUAGAAGAGUCUGGUCGUGGAGAAAUUGUUCAGAGAAUAUUGGAUACAGUACGUUUCUUAUGGGCCAUAUUACUAGCCCUAAUGGAUGGAUUGACCCAGUGGCUGAACCUGCUGACGAAACAAUAUAGAGAAACAUCAACUGUUCUGUGCAAUGAACGCUACUUCUUCGUACACAAGAUACAGCAACCUCACACACAAGAUACAUUUAUGGAUGACCAAUCUCAACACAGCGAGGGCCCUACACAAGUAGAUACAUAUUUGAGUCAAACUGAAACAUACUGCUCAACUCAAUACAGCCUCUUAGAGGAGACCCGGACUGUAGAGGAGUUGUCUCCUUCCAAACCAAGACUCACUAGCACUGCAAACUUCCUGAGUCCUGAGCAUCUUCUUGACAACAAUGAGCUGAUAUCUGACACUCAGUCCAUACAACACAAACACUCAAGAACAGCCAGCGAAGUCCUUGGAGACAGGCAGUUCUUUAGUGAGGAGCUGGAACAGAGCAUAAUGUUCUACAGCAACCAAAACCGUCUCCUGAAGCUCUUGUUUGCCACACACAGUCUUCUGGCAGCCAACUCUGAACUAGUUUGUUAUUUCAUUAUAAUAAUGAAUAAUCUAGUCAGUGGGUCUGUGAUAUCAUUGGUGAUGCCAAUUAUGGUAUUUCUAUGGGCUAUGUUGACUGUUCCAAGACCAACCAAAACAUUUUGGAUGACUGCCAUUGUCUACACGGAGGUGAUGGUGGUUGUAAAAUACCUUUUUCAGUUUGGAUUUUUUCCGUGGAACAGUGCUUAUGAAAUGACAUUAAAUGAAGACAAACCUUUCUUCCCACCUCGCAUCCUUGGUCUAGAAAAGACAGACACCUUCAUAAGAUAUGAUCUCCUUCAAUUACUGGCUCUGUUCUUUCAUAGAUCCUUGCUCAUGCGUUACGGCUUGUGGAACCAGAAAGAUCCCUUGUUGGAACAAAGUCAUUCAUCAGGAGAUGUCAAGGAAGAUGGAGUAGGAAUUAAAGUUGAAAGACUAAACUCAGCAUCUACCUCACAAAAUCUUAUCACUGACCUGGAACAGCAUGAAACGUCCUUUCCAGAUGACUCCAUGGCAUCCCAGAACAGAAGACAUAGUAUGUCGGGGCUCAGUCAUUCCGCAGUGCUGAAAAAGGAUGAAAUGAGUUUGAGCAAUGAAGAGGUCUUAGAGGGAAUCAGUGGCCUCCACCUACGCAAGAAAUCUAAAGAGCUAAAAAAACAGACGGACACACUUUCUCCAAGUCUACAAAACACAUAUCGCAGCACAGACCGACCAACAAAGAAGAGGAGAUUCAGACGGAAAGAAGAAGCCGGCAAUAAAAUGCGCACUUUCACACACAAGCUAAAAAAAGUAUUUAUCAGUAGGAUCCAGAGAAUUUUCAGGCCUAUUCAGUGUUUCUUCAUUGAAACUCUCCAAGCUGACUAUCGUGUUGCCACUGAUGUCUACGCACUCAUGUUCCUGACAGAUGUAAUUGACUUCAUCGUCAUUGUUUUUGGGUUUUGGGCAUUCGGGAAACACAGCGCAGCAGCUGAUAUUGCCUCCACUUUAUCAGAGGACCAAGUUCCUGAAGCAUUUCUGGUGAUGCUUCUUAUUCAGUUCACGACCAUGAUCAUCGACAGAGCUUUGUACCUGCGCAAGGCUGUUGUGGGAAAACUUGUUUUCCAGGUCGUUCUUGUCAUUGGCAUACACCUCUGGAUGUUCUUCAUUCUACCUGCUGUCACUGAAAGGAGAUUCAAUCAGAAUUUUGUGGCUCAGCUAUGGUACUUCUUCAAGUGCAUUUACUUUGCCUUGUCAGCAUAUCAGAUUCGAAGCGGGUACCCUACUCGUAUUCUUGGCAACUUCCUGACCAAAAACUACACCCACCUCAACUUGUUUCUUUUCCAAGGUUUUCGUUUAGUUCCUUUCCUUGUGGAGCUUCGAGCUGUAAUGGACUGGGUUUGGACGGAUACCACGCUGUCGCUCUCAAACUGGAUGUGCGUGGAGGACAUUUAUGCAAACAUUUUCAUCAUAAAAUGCAGCCGUGAGACAGAAAAGAAAUAUCCUCAGCCUAAAGGACAAAAGAAAAAGAAGAUGGUAAAAUAUGGAAUGGGUGGACUCAUCAUCAUCUUCUUAGUGUGCAUCAUAUGGUUUCCCCUGCUCUUCAUCUCACUGGUCAGAUCUGUAGUGGGUGUUGUAAACCACCCCAUUGAUGUGACUGUUACCGUCAAGCUAGGAGGUUAUGAGCCUCUCUUCACCAUGAGUGUGCAGCAGCAGUCCAUCCAACCAUUUACUGAGCUUGAAUAUGAAAAGCUCACCAAAAAGUUUGGCAACAAUGCGGUAGCCAUGCAGUUCAUUUCACUUUAUGGUUAUGAGGACGUUGUCACAGCCAUGAUUGAAGGGAGUUCCGGCUCAGUGUGGAGAAUAAGCCCCCCCAGCCGCCAGGAAGUCAUAAAAGAACUGCUUGGAAGCCCUGCUGACCUAACAUUGCGUCUAUCGUGGAAUUUCCAAAGGGACUUGGGGAAAGGAGGGACUGUAGAGCACACAUUUGACAAACACUCAAUUAACCUGGAACCUGGGAACCCUGUGAGGGCUGAUCUAGCUUCUCUUUUGCUGGGCAAUCGUACGAAGCCAGUCCAUGUUCCAAAUAUGUUUCCAAAUUACAUCCGGGCCCCCAAUGGAGCAGAGGCCAAACCAGCUAGUCAACUAUAUGAAGGAGAUGAAGAAGGCUACCAGAAUAUAACCCUGUCCUUGAUGACUGACUACUCCAUGAACUCCAGUGGGAAACAGGAAUGGUGGGACAUUGCCAUUGGAGGCUGUUCCCCUUCCUUAUGUGGGGUUCUCCCUAUGAUCAUAUUCAAUGAUAAAGUCAGCCCACCCAGUCUUGGAUUCCUCGCCGGAUAUGGGAUCAUGGGUUUGUAUGUGUCUGUUGUCCUGGUCAUUGGAAAGUUUGUACGAGGCUUCUUCAGCGAAAUCUCUCACUCCAUCAUGUUUGAGGAGCUUCCCUGUGUAGACCGCAUACUGAAGCUUUGUAUGGACAUCUUCCUGGUGCGUGAGACUGGAGAGCUGGAGCUUGAAGAGGAGCUUUAUUCAAAACUCAUCUUCCUUUAUCGAUCGCCAGAAACCAUGAUUAAAUGGACUAGGGACACCUGCAGCCGAGACCAACGUUGA